UCUCCUAUCGAGAUUCGAGGAUGAGCCUGUUACCGAGCUCGCGUCCGAGUCCAGCCGAAAAUCCGAACUCGAACUCGAACUCGGACUGUCCAAUUCCUUUGGUUCGCGAUUCCCCGUAUUGAUCUGAAAUUUGAAAUUAUCCCGUCAAAAGCAACCUAAAAUGGGGUAAAUUCGUGCGUGCAAGAAAACACGCGCGCGCUACCACUGGCAGUUAGGAAAGGAUCAUUGACGUCGCGAAUUCGACAUGAGAAAUGCCGACAGAGACGACAACGAGGACGGCGAUAGCGCUUGAAAAGCUUCGUGUACAGCGAAAAACUAGGUGUCUUCCUCACGAAGGUCUCGCCGAACCAAUUACCACCACCGUCGUUCAUUCGUUCUUGUUAAUAAUAAAUAAUAAGGGAAGAGAAAAAGGAACGAUUCACAAUGAAUAUUCGACGAUUGCCCAGUUUCUUUUAUCACUACAAGAUGCUCGGUGGUCUCCUCGUAUCGGCUUUCCUGUUUGUCAUCUAUCUUCUCUUUCACUGGGGUAUUAUGUGCACGAACCUGGAAGCUUGGCGACACGUUAUCAGCGCGUGCAGAAAUCACAACGAUGGCACGGCGAUGGGUAUUUUGUGCGAACCACUUUGCACGGAGAAGGGUAUACAUUCUUUGGCCUGUGAAACUUUGCAUACCGGCAAGGAAGCAGUAUUUUCUGCUCACUGGGAAGCGACUAGACUUGUAUUUAAAGCUUACAGAACGAAAUCUAACACGGAAGAGUACGAGUCUCUUUUCUGGGUCGACGCAUUCGAUGUGAAGCAUUUCCCCACAGAAGAAGAUUUCGGAACUAUGAUCAAGGAUCUGACAGUAAAUAAGUUAAAUUACACGGUAUCGACGCAACAGAUGCAAAGACUUGCUCGUUUGCGUACCCAUAAAAUCGAGGUUGACACCAAAAGGCGUCAUCUCGAGAUGGAAAACGUUUGGCCACUUUUACAGGAAAACGAAUAUCUCAUAACUAUUUUAUUCGAAGAUCGUGACGUUUUCCCACAACUGAUAGGCACUUGCGGGACUUUCUAUGCUGUUGAAUACGUCAGACCUAUAGAAACACCAACGACGGCAUUGGCACUCUCCGACUCGAAGCCAGAAUGGGCAAAGAGAUUGAAGCUCGCCGUCAUGAUUAUGGAUCUGCUAGAGGAACUUGAGACGAAUUUUCCGGAACCAUUUCAUCUCUGCGACGUCAAAAUAAACCAUUUUGGUUUGCCUCUCGGCGGGCAAAAACUUAAAUUUCUUGACUUGGACGCGGUCUUUCCUAAAAGCAUUAUCGGACGUAUCACCGCGGAUGGGAAGACCUGUAAGAGACACGAGGAUUGUGAUUUUUUCGAUUGUAGAUCGUUAUGUUCGAAAAACGAACGAUGUGAAUCGCCGGUCGUUAAUAAUAACCUACAGAUUAUAUGCGAGAAAAUCUUUCUUGGCUGGACCUUAUCAGGAACUAUCAUUCUACCUGGUUUAUUGAUGUCAGAACAUACCACUAGUUCGCUUGCUGUCCUUUUGCGACAGUGCGCCAAUCCAGCCGGUGAUGUUACCCAUUUGCCACGAGCAUAUGUACCGAACAAUUUAAAAACACGAUUGUAUAAUACGUUGAGCGAUAUGGAACAAGAAGUUUCCGCAUCUUUAUGAACUUGGAUUUGUGAAGUUGGAAAGGGUGUCUCUUUGAAAAAAAAAAAAAAAAAAAAAAAAAAAAAGAACAUGCACAUUACUUUCGCAAUUUCUUUU